CACAACCAGGCUGUGAGCUGGAGACCUCAAGGGGACUUAUUCAGAUCAACCGAAAUGGAUGACUUUGAACAGGAGGCCAUAAAUGAAGACUUGAUUGAGUUUGCCAUUCGAGAGAGCGUUCAAGAUGCCUACAAGCUGCCAUGCUCAGUGCAAACAGAUAGGAAAAACACAAAUAGUGUGGAGUUUAUGAAGAUUAUGGCAGCCAUUCAAAAAGGUGAUGUGGAUGCGCUGCAGGAGCUGUCAGGUUGUGCUUCUGCCUUCAGAGAGAGUGACAGUAGGGGCUGGCUGCCUCUGCACGCAGCAGCUGUGCAGCUGCAGCCAGAUGUCCUCCACACAGUGCUGCAGGUGUUGGAAUCCACCGACCUGACCCUGGAGGAGCAGACGGAGGACGGUGAUACGGCUCUGACUCUGGCAGCUGAGGCCGGUCAGGUGGAAAACAUCAAGCUGCUUCUGAAGCACGGAGCUUCACCACACAACACCAACAGCAGGAAUGAAUCACCUCUGCUAAUCGCAGUGAGACAACGCUCAUACGAGAUCGUUCUAUCCCUCAUCAUGGGCGGGGCCUUUGUAGAGCAGGUGUGUCUCACCAAGUGGAGGGCCAUUCAUGAGGCAGCAAAGGAGGGUUGUGCAGCUAUUUUGAUGCUGUUACUCCGACAUGGAGCCAAAAUAACAAGCAGAGACGGUCACGGCGUGACACCGCUGGGGAUCGCAGCUGAACAUGGCAACACUGAAGUUUUAGACAUACUCAUACACCACGGUGGUGAUGUGAAUGCCCAGGCAAGCAAUGGAGACACAGUCCUGUAUGAUGCAACCGGAUCUGGAAACCUGGACUGUGUCAAGCUGCUUUUGGAGCACGGAGCCAACCCAAAUGUUGCCAGCUACGCCUGCCAGCUGCCCAUCCAUAGAGCUGCGUAUGAAGGAUACAUACUAAUCCUGAGGACUCUCAUCCCUAUCACCACAAAGAGAGCUAUUCGCCUCUCAGGCCAGAGCCCUGUCCACUCUGCUGCAGACGGGGGGCAGGUUCAGUGUCUAGAGCUGCUUAUCCAGAAGGGUUAUGAUGUCAACGCCCUGCUACAUGCACACAUCUCUGAGAACUACGGGGACCUCAGGAAGACUCCUCUCUACUUCGCUGUGUCCAACGGUGAUGUGACCUGUUCGGAGAGGUUGCUGGCGGCUGGCGCGAGAACUGACCUGGAUCCACUGCGAUGCAUUCUGGUCGCUAUACGUGCUGAGAGGUACGACUUGGUGGAGCUGUUGCUGUCCCAUGGAGCAGAGGUUAACUGUUAUUUCAGAGUGAUCAGCAACACGGUGUUCCCCACAGCACUGCAGUACUGCUUCAGAGACCACGUCAUGCUGCGAAUGCUGCUCAACAGUGGAUAUCACGCUUACAAGUGUUUCCAGUGCGGUCAUGGUGACGGUGAAGAAUUGGAUAGUACCUGGACUGAGCUGCAUAACCAAGCCUAUCAGAUUUACAGUCAACCUAAAGUCAUCUCAUUCUGUGAGUUUGUGUCAGUAUCAUGCCUCGCUCACGUUGUAGGCAAAGUGGUAAGGAUGCUACUGGACUACGUCAGCCAUGUCAGCAUUUGUUUUAAGCUCAGACAAAUCCUGCAGAGGAGGCCGGAGUGGGAUGAGAUUUCUGACAUACUGGGGAAGCCACGGUCUCUGCAGCACUUGUGUCGACUGGUAAUCAGAAGCCACAUGAGCCUCAGGACCUUGAAUGACCCUGAAACUAUGGCUGCUGGUCCCUUCCCCCCAAGGCUGAUGAACUACCUGACCUAAGAGUAUGACCUGUAUGGUGACCUGUUAUCUGUGUGA